AAUGAAUCAAACAAGAGAUUCAUGAAGAAGAUCCCAAGCGACGCACUGGGAGCUACUGUCCUUGUAGCAGGAGUAGAUUUCAUGGAGGAACCUAUAGCAGUCUUCAUAAGGUUUUCUGAGAGUAGAUAUGUCCCCGAACUGACAGAGGUGGACGUACCACUGAAGUUUGCAUUUGUGCUUCUUGGCCCUAUUGACAGUGAGUCGGUGUACAAGGAGGUUGGGAGAUCUAUGGGGACACUGUUUGCCUGUAAAAAUUUCCAACGCAGUAUUCUCAGUGCCAAGACGAAGGAUGAUAUCCUAAAAGGAAUCACAAGUUUUAUGGACGAUUCAACUGUUUUACCAGCAUCAGGGUGGGACCACACUAUCCGCAUAGAACCACCUGCUAAUAUAUCUGAAAAGACAUGGACGCACUCGUUCCAUGACACACAUGAGAUCACAAACGCCGAACACGGAGACCCAACACUGAAAAGGACAGGAAGGUACAUUUCCCCUCUCAUAUUUUCCUCUCCUCGACUCUAG